UACGAGUUUGGUUGCGAGAAAAUGGCCAACAUUAUCCAAGCACUGUACUUUCCAGUGCAGAAGGAGUUGUUGUGUUCAGGACUGAUUAUGGGCAGGUAUAUACAUACAAACAAAGAUCACUUACACACCAAAAAGUUACACCUAUGCAGCCUACAAGCAACGAUGGCCUGGAAGAUAUGGCAUCACUGAUAGAUCUCCAUGAAGGUGCAAUCAUGUAUAAUUUAUUCCAACGAUAUCAGCAAAACAAAAUUUAUACUUACAUUGGUUCCAUUGUUGCCUCGGUUAACCCCUAUAAAACUAUCCCAGGUCUAUAUGAUCAGAGCACGAUAGAGCAUUACAGCUGCCAUCACCUGGGAGAGAUUUCACCUCAUAUUUUUGCUAUUGCUAAUGAAUGCUACCGCUGCCUAUGGAAACGUCAUGACAACCAGUGUGUUCUCAUCAGUGGUGAAAGUGGUGCCGGUAAAACGGAGAGCACUAAGUUGAUUCUCAAGUUUUUGUCAGCCGUAAGCCAACAUUCUCUGGAACUCUCUUGUAUGGAGAAAAUAGCUAGUGUCGAACAAGCAAUUUUGGAGAGCAGCCCAAUUAUGGAAGCAUUUGGCAAUGCAAAGACUGUUUACAACAACAACUCUAGUCGCUUUGGGAAAUUUGUUCAGCUGAAUUUCUGUCAAAAAGGCAAUAUUCAGGGAGGAAAAAUUGUAGACUAUUUAUUAGAAAAGAAUCGAGUAGUAAGGCAAAAUCCAGGAGAGAGAAAUUAUCAUAUAUUCUAUGCCCUGCUGGCAGGGAUUGAGGGAGAAAAGAAAGAUGCAUUUUACCUAUCUGCACCUGAGAACUAUCACUACCUGAACCAGUCUGGAUGUGUAGCGGACAAGACAAUCAAUGACGCAGAAGCAUUCAAAGAAGUCAUUAUGGCAAUGGAGGUGAUGCAGUUCACCACUGAGGAGGUACGAGAUGUUCUUAGGCUCCUCGCUGGCAUUUUGCAUCUUGGCAAUAUUGAAUUUAUUACAGCCGGCGGAGCACAGGUGUCCUUCAAAACAGCUCUGAAUAGAUCUGCAGAGUUACUUGGGCUGGAUUCAACGCAGCUAACUGAAGCCUUAACACAGAGAUCAAUGAUACUCAGGGGAGAAGAAAUUCUAACACCUCUUAAUAUACAGCAGGCUAUAGAUAGUCGAGAUUCAGCUGCUAUGGCACUUUAUUCCCAGUGCUUUGCCUGGGUUAUUAAAAAAAUCAACAGCAGAAUCAAAGGCAAGGACGACUUCAAGUCCAUUGGCAUUUUAGACAUUUUUGGAUUUGAAAAUUUUGAGGUUAAUCGUUUCGAACAGUUCAACAUUAACUAUGCAAAUGAAAAACUUCAGGAAUAUUUCAACAAGCACAUUUUUUCAUUAGAGCAAUUAGAAUAUAGUAGAGAAGGACUCCAGUGGGAAGACAUUGACUGGACAGAUAAUGGGGAAUGCUUGGAUCUUAUUGAAAAGAAACUUGGUUUGUUGGCUUUGAUCAAUGAGGAGAGCCACUUUCCUCAAGCUACGGAUAAAACCCUGUUAGCAAAAUUACACAUUCAGCAUGCAAACAAUCCUUUUUAUGUGAAACCAAGAGUUGCUAUCCACAACUUUGGAGUGAAACACUAUGCUGGGGAGGUUCAGUAUGAUGUAAGAGGAAUUUUGGAGAAAAACAGAGACACUUUUAGGGAUGAUCUUCUGAACCUAUUGCGAGAAAGCAGCCAUGAUUUCAUAUAUGACCUAUUUGAGCAUGUUUCAAGCCGCAGCGGUCAAGAUACUUUGAAGUGUGGAAGCAAGCAUCGGAAGCCCACCGUCAACUUACAAUUUAAGGAUUCGCUGCAUUCCUUAAUGGCAACAUUAAGCACAUCUAACCCGUUCUUUGUCCGCUGUAUCAAGCCAAAUAUGCAAAAGAUGCCUGACCAGUUUGAUCAGAAUGUGGUUUUGAACCAGUUGCGCUACUCCGGUAUGCUUGAAACAGUACGGAUACGAAGAGCAGGUUUCCCUGUGCGGAGGCCAUUUCAGGAUUUUCACAAAAGAUACAAAGUCCUGAUGAGAAAUUUGACUCUCCCUGAGGAUUUAAAAGGAAAGUGUACUGCCCUUCUCCAUCUAUAUGACAGCACAAAAACUGAAUGGCAACUUGGAAAAUCUAAGGUAUUUCUACGCGAAUCUUUGGAACACACGUUAGAAAAAGAGCGAGAAAUAGAGGUUAGCAAAGCAGCCAUGAUCAUCAGAGCUCACAUCUUAGGCUACAUGGCGCGAAAACGCUACAAGAAAGUCCUUUACUACGUAGUCAUCAUACAGAAAAAUUACAGAGCUUUUUACCUAAGGAGGAGGUACCUAUUGCUGAAGAAAGCAGCCAUCACCUUCCAGAAGCAGAUGCGAGGCCUGAUUGCCCGCCGUAUUUAUAGACAGCUGUUGGAGGAGAAGAAACAGCAAGAGGAAGAAAAAAGGCAGAGGGAAGAGGAGGAAAGAAAACAACGAAAGAUGGAAGCAGAACGUCUUGCUCAGCAGGCUAAGGAAGCACUUGCAGCUAUUCCGAAACCCCUGAAAGAACUAAAGCAAGACCUGGAGAGUCAUAAAGAGAACAAGCAGGUGGAGGAGAUCUUGCGCCUGGAAAAAGAAAUUGAAGACCUCCAGCGCAUGAAGGAGCAGCAAGAACUGACGUUGACAGAAGCAUCGCUGCAGAGGCUGCAGCAGCUCCGGGAUGAAGAGUUGAAACGCCUGGAAGAUGAAGCCUGCCGCGCCGCACAAGAGUUCCUGGAAUCUCUCAACUUUGACGAAAUCGAUGAAUGCGUCCGGAACAUCGAGAGAACCCUCUCCGUAAACGGCAGUUUCUGUACAGAGCUUAGUGACGUCACAGAGACUGAAAAACCCAAUUUUAAUUUCAGCCAGCCCUAUCCCGAGGAGGAAGUUGAUGAGGGCUUUGAAGCGGAUGAUGAUGCUUUUAAGGAUUCACCUAACCCGAGCGAGCAUGACCACUCGGAUCAAAGGACGAGCGGCAUACGGACAAGCGACGACUCUUCUGAAGAAGAUCCGUACAUGAAUGACACCGUUGUUCCAGUUAGUCCCGCCACGGGCAACAAUACCCUUAUCGCUUCUAUCCUCGACUCGCUUAGUCUUCACAACUCUUCGAGCGGGGAAUCCACAUACUGCAUGCCAGAAAAUGUUUCCCGCCAGCCCCCUAAUGCUGCAGAGCUCAUUUCUCCUGAGGCAGACUAUGAUUAUGACCAGGACGACUAUGAGGAUGGUGCUAUCACUUCUGGAAGCAGUGUGACCUUUUCCAAUUCUCACAGUAGCCAAUGGUCUCCCGAUUAUCGCUGUUCCAUAGGGACAUACAACAGUUCUGGAGCAUACAGAUUUAGUUCUGAGGGAGCUCAGUCUUCGUUUGAAGACAGUGAAGAAGAUUUUGAUUCAAGGUUUGAUACAGAUGAUGAACUUUCAUAUCGGAGGGAUUCUGUCUAUAGCUGUGUCAGCCUACCCUAUUUCCACAGCUUUUUGUAUAUGAAAGGUGGAUUAAUUAAUACUUGGAAACGCCGUUGGUGUGUCUUGAAGGAUGAAACCUUCUUAUGGUUCCGCUCGAAACAGGAAGCUCUUAAACAAGGUUGGCUGCAUAAGAAAGGCGGUGGUUCAUCUACAUUGUCCAGGAGAAACUGGAAGAAAAGGUGGUUUGUCCUUCGACAAUCCAGGCUCAUGUACUUUGAAAACGAUGGUGAAGAAAAACUCAAAGGAACACUUGAAAUACGAUCAGCCAAAGAUAUCAUUGAUAAUACUUGCAAAGAAAAUGGGAUUGAUAUUGUCAUGGCAGAUAGGACGUAUCACUUGAUCGCUGAAUCACCAGAGGACGCAAGUCAGUGGUUCAGUGUCCUGAGCCAAGUUCACACUUCCACAGAACAGGAAAUCAGAGAAAUGCACGAUGAACAAGCCAAUCCACAGAACGCCAUGGGCACACUAGAUGUAGGGCUGAUUGAUUCAGUCUGUGCGUCUGAUAGUCCAGAUCGACCCAAUUCAUUUGUGAUCAUCACUGCUAAUCGUGUUCUACACUGCAACGCGGAUACACCAGAGGAGAUGCAUCAUUGGAUCACUCUGCUACAGCGAUCCAAAGGGGACACUCGAGUAGAAGGACAGGAAUUCAUAGUGAGAGGAUGGUUGCAUAAAGAAGUAAAGAACAGUCCCAAAAUGUCAUCACUGAAACUGAAGAAACGUUGGUUUGUUCUGACGCACAAUUCCUUAGAUUAUUAUAAGAGCUCAGAGAAGAAUGCCCUCAAAUUGGGCACCCUGGUGCUGAACAGCCUUUGCUCUGCUGUGCCCCCUGAUGAGAAAAUCUUUAAAGAAACAGGGUAUUGGAAUGUAACUGUGUAUGGACGGAAGCACUGUUACCGCCUUUACACCAAAUUACUGAAUGAAGCCACUCGGUGGUCAAGUGCUAUCCAAAAUGUGAUUGACACAAAAGCAGCAAUUGAUACUCCCACACAGCAGCUCAUUCAAGACAUUAAGGAGAAUUGCCUGAACCCUGAAGUUGUUGAACAGAUCUAUAAGAGGAACCCAAUUCUUCGUUAUACGCAGCAUCCAUUGCAUUCUCCACUGUUACCCCUUCCUUAUGGAGACAUCAAUCUGAAUAUACUAAGAGACAAAGGCUACACAACUCUACAGGACGAAGCUAUCAAGAUAUUUAAUUCUCUGCAGCAACUGGAGUCUGUACCAGAUCCCGUUCCUAUUAUUCAGGGUAUUCUCCAGACAGGACAUGAUUUACGGCCCCUGCGUGAUGAAUUGUACUGUCAGCUCAUCAAACAGACUUGCAAAGUGCCUAAUGCAGGAAGCGUUGGCAAUCUCUAUAGCUGGCAGAUCCUCACUUGUAUGAGCUGCAUGUUUUUGCCAAGCCGUAGUAUCCUCAAAUAUUUGAAAUUUCAUCUUAAAAGGAUCCAUGAUCAAUUCCCAGCCACAGAAAUGGCAAAAUACGCCUUGUUCAUUUAUGAAUCCCUUAAAAAAACCAAAGGCAGAGAAUUUGUGCCCUCCAGGGACGAAAUCGAAACUCUGAUCAACAGACAGGAAAUGACAUCUACCGUCUACUGUCACGGAGGAGGUUCCUGUAAAAUCACAAUUAACUCUCACACCACGGCUGGUGAGGUUGUUGAAAAAUUAAUUCGAGGUUUGGGCAUGGAAGACAGCAGAAAUAUGUUUGCCUUGUUUGAAUACAAUGGAACUACAGAUAAAGCCAUUGAAAGUAGAACUGUUGUGGCUGAUGUCUUGGCAAAGUUUGAAAAGAUUGGUGCCACUUCAGACAGUGAUCAUGAACCAUGGAAAUUUUAUUUCAAACUCUACUGCUUCCUAGACAUUGAGCAUGUACCAAAAGAUAGCGUGGAAUUUGCAUUUAUGUUUGAGCAGGCACAUGAAGCUGUGAUUCAGGGCCAUUUCCCAGCUCUUGAAGAAACCCUCCAGGUCCUUGCUGCCUUGCGACUCCAAUACUUACAAGGGGACUAUUCUCCAUCCAAUGUUACAGCAGUGGAAAUGGAAGAUGUCUACCCCUUGCAGAGGCUGAAGUCUCGUAUUGUUCAGUCUACUAAUUUCUUUGUGCCAACGGAGAGGUUUGAGAGGAAGCGGAGCAACUUUCUGGAAGGGACUCUAAGGAGGAGUUUCCGAAGCAGCUCUAUGACUAAGCAGAAGACGGAAGAGGAUCAGAUGCUUAAUAUGUGGAUUAAGGAGGAGAUUUCUGCAGCCAGGACUAGUAUGCUUGAUAAAUGGAAAAAAAUGCAGGGUAUGACUCAGGAGCAAGCAAUGGCGAAGUACAUGAAUUUAAUUAAGGAAUGGCCCGGUUAUGGGUCAACACUCUUUGAUGUAGAGUGUAAAGAAGGAGGAUUUCCUCAAGAGCUUUGGCUGGGCGUUAGCGCAGAGGCAGUUUCUGUCUACAAACGCGGAGAGGGCCGACCACUGGAAGUUUUUCAGUAUGAACAUAUUCUCUCUUUUGGAGCUCCUCUAGCUAAUGUGUACAAGAUUGUGGUGGAUGAGAGAGAAUUGCUUUUUGGAACCAGUGAGGUCAUUGAUAUUGCCAAACUGAUGAAAGCCUACAUCAGCAUGAUUGUGAAAAAACGUUACAGCACAUCUCGAUCAGUGAGCAGUCAUGGAAGUCAAAACAGCUGUAGGUGAAGUUGGGAGAAUCUGCCGUUAGGUCCUCGCUGUUGGGACAUCUCUUUACCAACCACGUUUUCUUCCGAAAAUGGUGAUCGACGCCUCUUUCAGGAGAAUCUGAGCGAGCUUAUGAUUAUAAAGUGCUUGCAUAUUGCCAUACUCAACAUGUGCUUACGAACAUCAAUCAACGAAAACAUUUUUUUUUACCUCUAGAAUAAACAUACUCUAUGCCUUAAUAUAAUACACUGUCUUCUGAGCAGUAAGAAGUGCCUUAAAAGGUGUAAGCCCACCUGCGUUGACCUAUGCUAUAUUAGCAGAGGGGGUUGUGUAUCCGAAUAAACCACUUUGGAUUGUAAAACAGAAUGUAACACAGCCAUUUUUGCACUAAUUGGCUGGUUCAUUCAUGAGAAAGAAGAUUCUGUGUUGGAAUGCUGCAGGCAGCUAUCUUUAUGGCCUUUACUGGGCAAUGUUGUAUUUUCCCCCUUUCCCCCGCAACCUUUCGUAUGUGUGCAUGGAUAAGAUUCAGGUCAAUUCUGCUAACUUUAUUCCAUGUUCCAUGCUCUUUUAAAAUUAAAAGGGAAUAAUAAUGUGCAAUGGUGUAAACAGUCUUUUCUGUAUAUUUUAAUAAUUCAGAGCUAUAAUUGUCUCAAUGGUAGAGUGUCUUUAUUAGGCUAGUUUUAUUUACAAAUUUGGCAAAAUUUUCAUAGCAAUUUUUGUACUUUUCCUUCAGAGAUAUUUUUUUUCGCCCUUUGGUACAUAUACGUAACGCAUCUAUGUUUCUGUACUGCUGUAUUUAACUCGUGUAGCUGAAAGAAAUUGUAUUUAUAGACUACCCUUAAUAUGGAAAUGUCCUUAUCAGCACAAUAUUCAAUCAUUUGUCUAUGAAGCUGUUUUUAAAAAUAGUAAACGUUUAUUUUAAAAGCA